ACAUCAUAGUUGUUUCUUGGCACAUUCCAACCACCUAGAGCCUUCUUCUACUACUCUCUCUUCCUUAUUCUACGUUUGCAAUUGCAUCAUCCAAACCAAAUCUCUCCCAUUCACAAUCCCAAAUUCCCAAUUCUCUCUUCCUUCUCCACACCAAUUGACAAAACCCUAACCCCCAAAUUCUCCUUCAGCGAUUCAUCUCUCUUGAAUCGAAUCGAUGGCACGGAUGGGCCCAGGGUUCCGAUUCCACCCCACCGACGAAGAGCUGGUGGUGUUCUACCUGAAGCGCAAGAUGACCGGAAACCUCUCCCGCUACGACCACAUCGCCGUUGUCGACGUCUACAAGCUCGAGCCCUGGGACCUUCCCCCUCUGUCGAAGCUGAAGACGAAGGACUUGGAAUGGUACUUCUUCAGCGCGCUGGACCGCAAGUACGGAAACGGGUCGAGGACGAACCGCGCCACCGAUAGGGGCUACUGGAAGACCACCGGAAAAGACCGCCCCGUCACCCACGGCGACCGCACCGUCGGAAUGAAGAAGACGCUCGUUUACCACAGCGGCCGGGCCCCACACGGGCGCCGCACCAAUUGGGUCAUGCACGAGUACAAGAUGCUCGACGAGGAAUUGGCACGUGCCGGCACAGUGCCGGAUGUGUUUGUGGUGUGUAGGAUUUUCGAGAAGAGUGGUUCUGGGCCGAAGAAUGGGGCAAAAUAUGGUGCUCCCUUAGAUGAGAAGGAGUGGGAUGUUGAGGAUGAGCAGGAGGAGGAGGAGGAGGAGAAUGAGCAGAAGGACGUGGCUCCCUUGCUGGUUCCUCAUAACGCGGUGGCUCCUCCUCCUCCCUUGUCGGUAGUUGCUGAUAAUGCGGAGGCUCAUCCUCCUUUGACGGCAACUGUUGAUAAUAAAUAUAUGGUGGCUCCUCCUCCUUCCUUUCAGGCUAAUUUUGAUGAUGAGGUUUUCAAUGCUGGGGCCUAUGUUGAAACCAACGACCUUGACAUGGAGCUUAAUUGGAAUGAUAUAAUUGGGAGUGAUACUUUUCCAUCACUGAACUUUCAUCAUGGGGAGUGUAGUAGCCAUGCUGAGUAUUCCAAAGUAUUCAUCAAGGAUCAGGAGCCAUCAGCAGGCACUUUUGGAAUUUCUCGGCCUGAAAAUGACUGGCCUCUUGAUAUGACUGAGCAACAUGGCGUGGAUACAAAUUCAGUGAACAACAGAGACAAUGGUGAGCUGAUCAAUAUUGGCAAUCAUCUGAAUUUUAAUGAUGCAUCAAAUGAUAUGAAUCUGGAUCUGUUCUGGGAUGCCAACGAGAAUCUUCCGACUGAUGGAUCAUUCUUGGAAUACAAUGAUAUUGCAAUUGGGAAUGGGAGUAGAUCUACUGAGGCUGAUCCUCCUGCGAAUGACAUUCUAGACGAGUAUCUUUCACUCCCUGAUGAUGAUAUUUACAAGUAUAUAUCUUUUGAUUCUCCUCAGAUUCAAGAGAGUGAAAAUUUUAUUCCCAACCAAGGAUCACCUUUCACUCGGCAGAAUGUGGAGGGAGAAACUGCUGAUAAAGCUGUGGUUAGUAAUCAUAAUUCUGAAUCACAAACCAGAAAUGAGGCUUCUUCAGUGCAGAAUACACAUGAGGCAAAGUUUGCACCAGGAAGUACAAAUCCACUUGUUAAGCAGGCCUAUGGUUGGUUAGCCAGCAUCCCUGCUGCGCCUGCACAUGCUAUGGAGUUUCCUGCUAAGGAGAUUGCUCUUGGGCUUCAUCCUGUAGCUCAGUCUUCCCAUCCAGCUCAUAUAACUACAGGUAUGAUCAGCAUAACAGACAUUACUUUAAGAGGCAAUGCGAUGGAUUGGACGAUGGGCAAAAAUGGAGGGUUUAGCACUGUAAUAUCCACUGGGUUUUGUCAACCGGAUGUUAAUUCGGAUGCUUUGAUACCUGUUUCUGGCAAGACUGCAUUUGUGUUGUCGCAUGGCUGGAUUUUCCUGACUGGUUUCUCUGUUCUUAUUCUUUCACUGAGUUGCAAGAUCGGAAGCAUCAUGUAUACUGGUAAAUGACUACAAAUAAGGUUGACGGCUACUAGAGAAUAAGGAGCAGUCAGUUAAGUAUAAUUUAGUGUUUGGUGGUACUCAUUGAAUGAGUAGGAUCCCGUGACUUUGUAGAUAUUUUUAUGGUACCUUAGUCAAUCUGAUCUAUACAUUCUUCAUCGUAAAAUAUACAACAUUUUUAGGGUGCCUACAGAUAGAGUAAUAGCAAAUACUGUCUUCGAUAAGAUUCGCGUAAUAUAUAUUAUUAGUUCAUACUUUCAAUAGUAAUAGAUGCAAAGUUCUGACUGAUAGAGGCUGUCCAUUAUUUAUUAGGUUCCAUAUGUAAUUUGAUUCACUUGGUAUAAGAACAAGUCAUCGGGUUUUUGUCUUGAUUGUAUAGUCCUCGUUAGAGUGCAUUA